AUGCGCGGUACCUUUUUUGCUACGACCUGGUUGCUGCUUACUGGCCUCAGUACGCAGUUGCCUCAGAAGCCUUCGGAAACUGUUAUUGCCCAAGCCCCAGAGACAACCCCAGUCGCAGCUCCAAGUGACGCAUCGUACUGGCUGGCAGAUAUCAAACAUCAAGGGAUUGCGGCAUUCAACCAAGACCCGUCGGGAUAUAAAGUGUUUCGCAAUGUAAAAGACUACGGAGCCAAAGGAAUCGACGAUACCGAAGCAAUCAAUCGAGCCAUCAGCGAUGGCAACCGUGCCUCUCCAGAAAGCCGUCGAACCUCUACUACCACUCCUGCAAUUGUGUAUUUUCCAGAAGGCACCUAUGUCGUUUCCAGGCCGAUUGUUGAUUACUACUUCACUCAACUCGUUGGAAACCCGAAUGCACGUCCUGUUAUCAAGGCAACUUCCACGUUUGAAGGACUUGGUGUGAUCGAUGGCGAUGUGUACCAGGACGACGGGAACCAAGGCUGGACGUCUACCAAUGUGUUUUUCCGGCAGAUUCGCAACUUUGCUAUAGAUUUGACCGAUAUCUCUCCGAAUAAAGGAGCUACGGGAAUCCAUUGGCCAACUGGGCAGGCGAGCAGUCUUUACAAUAUUAAGAUUGUGAUGAGCUCUGCAUCAGGCUCACAACACCAAGGCCUUUUUAUUGAGAAUGGUUCUGGAACUGUAUUGGAUGACAUCGAAAUCAUCGGAGGCCUCUACGGAGCAAACAUCGGAAGCCAACAGUACACAACCCGCAAACUGCGGAUCUCCGACUCCGCUACUUGUAUCUCCCAGAUCUGGAACUGGGGCUGGACAUACCAGGGCGUCGAGCUGAACAACUGUGGCACGGCAAUCUCCAUGGUAAACGGCGGUCCUGGUUCCCAGACUGUGGGCUCCGUCACUGUUAUUGACAGCGACAUUAAGAACUCCCAUGUGUUUGUGGAUACUGUUUGGCAAGAGUCUCCUUGGAGCAACGGCAGCUUGAUUCUGGAAAACGUCGCUCUUGAGAACACCCCUGUUGCAGUGCAAGCCUCGAACAAGACCGUUCUAGAGGGCGGGUCUAAGACUAUCACUGCUUGGGGCCAAGGUCACAGCUACACGCCGUCCGGACCAAAGAACUUCCAGAGUGCCAUGGCGCCUGGUGACCGGCCUCGCGGUCUACUUGCCAAGGACUCGAACAGGUACUACAUCAAAUCCAAGCCGCAGUACGAGAAACUGCCAGUAUCAUCCUUCGUGAGCGUGCGAGAAGGUGGUGCAAAGGGAGAUGGCUCGACGGAUGAUACCAAAGCACUGCAAUCAGUUAUCGACAACGCACGACGCGAGAACAAAAUCGUCUUCUUCGACCAAGGCGUCUACAAAGUCACCAACACCCUCCAAUUCCCGCCAGGCACCCGCAUCGUCGGCGAGGCCCUGCCCGUGAUCAUGGCAAGCGGCGGUCCCUGGACCGACAUCAACAAGCCCGUCCCUGUCAUCCAGAUUGGACAACCAGGAGACACGGGCUUCUUCGAAUGGUCCGACAUGAUCGUCAGCACGCAGGGUUCGACCGCAGGCGCCACUCUUAUCGAAUGGAACCUUGAUGCAGAGCUAGGAUCAGGCAUGUGGGAAGUGCACACGCGCAUUGGAGGAUUUGCCGGAUCUCAGCUGCAGGUUCCGGAUUGCCCAACUAUAUCGCAGGUAUCGACUGAGUGUCAGGCUGCGUAUAUGUCGAUGCAUAUCACGAAGUCGGCGAGGAAUGUCUACCUGGAGAAUAACUGGUUCUGGACGGCGGAUCACGACCUUGAUGACCCGCAUGACACGCGGGUUUCCGUGUACACAGGACGUGGCCUGUUAGUCGAGGGCAAGAAUGUUUGGUUAUACGGAACCUCCUCAGAACACCACUCCCUCUACCAAUACCAACUAACAGACACCGACUCCGUCUUCAUCGGCUUCAUCCAAACCGAAUCCCCCUACUACCAACCCAACCCCGACGCCCCCCACAGCCCCUACAAACCCAACCCCACCCUCAACGACCCAGACUUCGCCCACUGCCUCACCGGAAACUGCAACUCUCUGGGCCUGCGCCUCCUCAACACGCGCGACACGGUCAUCUACGGUGCUGGACUGUACAGUUUCUUUAAUAACUACGAUACCACGUGCUCUGCGAAUGAUAAUGAGCAGGUUUGUCAGAGUGAGGUGUUUAGUAUUGAGGGGGAGACGAGCGGGUUGGUGGUUUAUGCGUUGAGUACGAUUGGGACGGAGUGGAUGGCUGUUAGGGAUGGGGAGGGGGUUGUUAGGGCGGGGGAUAAUCGGGCGACGUUUGCUGAUACGGUUGCUUGGUUUAAACUAUGA